CGGAACUCACCUCAACACCACCACACCACCUACUGAUUGCGACCCAUACACCCCUUUUCGUUCACGCGAAACGACGCAAUCGCUCGCACGCGGUGGAAUCCAGCUCACCAUGAGCCACAAAGCCACUGUUAUUCGCCUCUAUCGGCAAUCCCUCAAGCUCUCGCUCGACUGGUGUGUUCAUAGAUACCUCUGGCGGGGACAGGCUAUGUACAUUCGGUCGCUUUUUGAGGCGCAGAAGCAUGUCACAGAGCCACGACAGCAACGGGCCCUGAUCCAAGAGACAGAAGACUUGCUGGAGAAGUGGAAGCACCCAGACCCCUACCGUCCACCAACAGCCCCAGGAGGCUCUAAGUACGAGCGCAACCUGCCCUGUCCAAUCCUCGAUCCCCCGCCGAAGAUGAUUCUUUAGAGGGGACAUGGGAGCAAAGUAUUGUACAUACAAACACCAUUUAGAUCUGGAUUCGAAUGGGUCAUUCGGCAUCAAAAGAAUCUGAUAUACUUUGUAUUUCUAUCCGUGAAUAUUCACCUAAAUCGCCUUAUAUACAUAACAG